GUGCUGACUGUUGAGGUGCACCGGGCAAGCAUAAUUAGUGCCAGACAGUUGCAAUCUCUAGCUGGAAAACCGACGAGAAGGCGAUUUGCAAGUCUCGCCGGCGGCGUCUUUUUGUCCCUCGGUCUAGGAAUUACUCCGUAGAGUGCAGCAUUACAGCGGCGGAAGAGAGGUCCACACUGUAAGCCCUAGAUCUCGCUUGGGUUGAAUCCGCCCCGUUCGAGGUUCUUCCGAUUUGGUGGUUGCUGUUCCGAUACCGGAUCCGCUGAGCUGCAGCCAUGCCCGUGGCAGCUUCAGCUAUAUACUUUCUGAAUCUCCGAGGCGAUGUCCUCAUCAAUCGCCUCUACCGUGACGACGUCGGGGGUAAUAUGGUGGAUGCCUUCCGAAUGCAAAUAAUGCAGACAAAAGAGCUUGGAACUUGUCCUGUACGUCAGAUAGGAGGCUGCUCUUUCUUGUAUAUGAGAAUUAGCAAUGUCUAUAUUGUGAUUGUUGUCAGCAGUAAUGCUAAUGCUGCUUGUGCAUUCAAGUUUGUUGUUGAGGCAGUUUCCCUGUUCAAAUCAUAUUUUGGUGGAGCUUUCGAUGAAGAUGCUAUUCGCAAUAAUUUUGUUUUAAUCUAUGAACUAUUGGAUGAAAUAAUGGACUUCGGUUACCCCCAGAACCUUUCGCCUGAAAUUUUGAAGCUCUACAUCACACAGGAAGGUGUGCGGUCCCCAUUUUCAUCUAAGGCUGUUGAUAGACCUGUCCCUAAUGCUACAUUACAAGUCACUGGUGCUGUUGGCUGGAGAAGAGAGGGUCUUGUAUACAAGAAGAACGAGGUGUUUCUGGAUAUUGUGGAAAGUGUCAAUCUUCUCAUGUCUUCUAAAGGUAGUGUUUUGCGUUGUGAUGUUACUGGAAAAAUUCUCAUGAAAUGCUUCCUUUCUGGGAUGCCUGAUCUGAAGUUGGGCUUGAAUGAUAAAAUUGGCCUUGAAAAAGAGUCACAGCUCAAGUCCCGCCCUAGUAAGAGUGGAAAAACUAUUGAGCUUGAUGAUGUUACUUUCCACCAAUGUGUAAACUUGACACGAUUUAAUUCAGAGAAGACUGUAAGCUUUGUUCCUCCUGAUGGUGAAUUUGAACUGAUGAAGUAUCGAAUUACUGAAGGUGUGAAUCUUCCAUUCCGUGUAUUACCAACUAUCAAGGAGUUGGGUCGCACACGCAUGGAAGUUAAUGUGAAGGUUAAGAGUGUUUUUGGAGCAAAGAUGUUUGCACUUGGUGUUGUCAUUAAAAUUCCAGUACCAAAGCAAACAGCAAAAACAAAUUUCCAGGUGACAUCAGGAAAAGCAAAGUACAAUCCCUCCAUUGACUGUUUGGUCUGGAAGAUACGAAAAUUUCCUGGACAGACUGAACCAACAUUAAGUGCAGAGGUGGAGUUGAUUUCAACGAUUACAGAGAAGAAAUCCUGGACUCGACCUCCAAUUCAGAUGGAAUUUCAGGUUCCCAUGUUUACAGCCUCUGGAUUACGUGUUCGUUUCCUCAAGGUGUGGGAGAAGAGCGGCUAUAACACAGUCGAGUGGGUGCGUUAUAUUACUAAAGCUGGUUCUUACGAGAUUAGGUGCUAGGAGAGUUGAAAUGCGGUACAGGACGACGAUAUUUUAUUGCAACUGACACAAUCUUUUUAAAAAACCAUACAAAGCCACCAAGGUGCAACUUCUUCAUUGUGCUUUGUUUUGGGGUUUUAGACAAUACUGGCAUUGUUAAUCUUGUAAAGCUAGUUUAACUUGGAUUGAAA